AUGAGCUCGGUGGAUGACUUGUGCAUCAACGUCAAUGAAGUCGGUGACCGGGGGCUUUGCGCACUGGCAAGCGCAUGCAUGCUGCUGCCCUUCAGCCACUUGACAGACUUCUUUGCCAUAGACAAUCACUUUGGCGACGCGGGCCUUGCUGCCUUCUCUGCUGCGGCACGGAGUGGCGGCCUUCCCACUCUACGUCGGUUGUGCUUAUACUGCAACAGCAUCGGCGAUGACGGUAUCAGUGCGCUGGCCGAGGCCAUCCAGGAGAAGGCUUUUGCGCCGGGAGGCCUCACCAACCUUCUCGUGAUGGACAAUGAUAUCUCAGAUGAAGGUAUCCGAAGUUUCGAGCGGCCGUUCGAGAGCGGGCGGCUCAAUGAGAUGGAGGAGCUCGGAGUUGGGAUGCGUGUGAGUGAUGAAGGCUUUCAGCUGCUGAUAGACGCUGCUGCUGGCGGUCAGCUUCCAAACCUUUCGGAGUUGCACCUUCAGAACAACAUAGCCAUCCGUGGUAAGCCCUUGCAGCAGCUGAUAGCUGCGAUUCAGAAAGGCGACGUGCCCCGCGCCCUGGCCGUAGAAUGCAGUCAAGCUCGUCAUCACUUUCAAAUCAUUUGGGAUGAGCUGCGGGUUUAG